CUCAGGGUUUAGAGUCUCUCCUCCCUCAUCUAAACUAAACCCUCGAAGAAUUUGGGUUUGCCAUUUCUGAAAUGGAAUGAAGCAUUGAGCUUCCCAUCAUCGUCUCCUUCUUCCUUCUUCUGAAACUCCCAAAGUAAUCAUCGGCAUGAAACCUCUCUUCCACAGACCCAUUUUUACACUCGUUUUCCACACCCCAAUUCCGGGGAGGAAGCUUCUCCAAGUCGCUCAUCUCUCAACCGCCACCUCCCUGUCCUCGCAUCACUCUCCUUACCAACACCGCCGGAACGAGGAGGAUGUGCGGAACGUAAAGGUGUCUGUUUGGUGGGAUUUCGAGAAUUGUGCCUUGCCGUCCGGCGUCAAUGUGUUUAGGGUCGCCUAUAGCAUCACAGCCGCCGUCAGGGCAAGCGGCAUCAAGGGUCCCAUCCAAAUCACCGCAUUCGGAGAUGUUGUUCAGCUCCCGCGGGCCAAUCAGGAGGCCUUGUCUUCUACUGGCAUCAAUCUCACUCACAUACCCAGCGGUGGAAAGAGCAGUGCGGACAGAUCACUUCUUGUAGAUCUCAUGUAUUGGGUAUCCCAAAACCCACCACCGGCACACCUUUUCUUGAUCUCAGGUGAUACCGGGUUUGCAGGGGUUUUGCACCGGCUAAGAAUGAACAACUAUAACAUCUUGCUUGCCAGUCCUGAAAACACAUCAUCUUCUCUCAUUAGUGCUGCAAGUAUCAUGUGGCAAUGGGAUGCUCUGCUCCGCGGGGAGGACCUUACAGGAAAACAUUUUAAUCACCCACCAGAUGGACCCUAUGGUUCUUGGUAUGGCCAUUUCAAGGCACCCCUUGAAGACCCCUUUGCUGUUAUGGAGUCUCUCCAGUCUAAGGACCCGUCAUCUGAUUCUGAUUCGGAUCCAAAACCCCGCCCUAUCCCAAAGGUGGUUAUGAAGUAUAUUCGAAAUAUCUUGUCCUUAAAUCCCCAAGGAAUUCUGAUCACAGAUCUCCGUGCUGAACUCUCUAAAAGCAAUUUGAGUAUUGAUAAAGACUUUUAUGGGUAUAAAAAGUUUUCUCGUUUUCUUUUAUCCAUGCCACACAUUUUGAAGCUUCAACCAAGUGGUAGUCAGUUUUUGGUUCUUGGUGUUGUCUCAAAAUCUCCUGCACAAAACGAGUGUGGUUCAGUAGGCAUAGCUGUUGACCCCAUUGCAAACGUAACAGAGUCCGAGAGUGUAAUGUCCAAGAACAACAUCAAGAGCUCUUCCUCUGAGAGCUCAAACAGAAUUGUAUUACCAUCUCCAUACUCUGUGCCGAAAGUGGAUACUCCAUCACAGAAAGUGCAAGCACCCACAACUAAAGUACAAUGUACCUUACCUAAGGUACAAUCAUCUGCACUAGAACAGCCGGCAACAAAUACGAUACAUGAGCCACCUCCUUCAGGAGUAAAGGUAAAAAAGUGUGAAGCCACCGAGAGCCAGUUGCAUACUACAGAAGAUAGUAGUUCUCCGGUGCAGUCACAAGGGAUUUUUAGAGGAUUUCAGAAAUGGUGGUAUGUGAGUGAAGAGAAAAACUCCAACAGCUCUGAUGAGAUUAUACAUGCCGAACCACCAAUCAAGGAAUCAGAUGUGAAAUCAGCUAGUCAAUCUGAAAACAUCACAAGCUCAGUUCCUUCUCUGCAUUCUAGAGAUGAAAAAAACAUGGAAGAAAAAUACGCUGCGGAAUCUCAAGCUGUUGUAGACAAAUCUAGCAGCGAAACUGGAUUUUUUAGUAAGAUUAAGUGUUGGUUUAGAACUUGGAAAAGUCCACCACCGCAAGACAACACAAAUUUAUUAUCUGGCAAGAACGAGACUGGAGAUAAAGCGGGCCCUGAAACACACAAGGUUUUUUCAAAGGACUCCUUUUGGAAAGAUAUGGAGGCAUUCCUGGAUACAAAACAAGGUUCUACCCUUGUCUUACAAUCAAGGACUAGGUUGGAGAUGUCACAGAAUCUUAAAGAUUGUGGUCCUUCAUUUAUUAGAUCUCUAUGUGAAAGUGAUCUUCUUCGCCUGGUGGAGUUGUUGAUUACAGAUAAGAGGUGGGUGGAAGAACGCAUCCACAAAACCUUUCCUUUCAAGGUAUCUCGGCCAGCCAUGAAGGCUAUGAUAAGUAAUGCUUCAUCCAACAGCUCAACUGGGCUGAGCAGUUUAUUUCAACAUACAAAUCCUCCAACAACAAAUUCGUCAAAGCUGCAAGAACACAAUGGAGAGAAUAAGAAACACCAAAACCCUCCUCUAUCAGGAUCCGUGCCUCAACCUGUCCCGGAAGAGGGCUCCUUUGGGAAGAAGAAGUCUAGAAAUGAUACACUUACUGACUGCAUGAAACUUGUGCAGUAUGUCGUGAAGGAAUACCCAGAAGGGUACAAUUUAGGAUCCUUCAGGAAGCUUUUCCUUGUAACACAUGGCUAUUCCCUGGAUGUACAGAAGCUUGGAUAUCCAAAGUUAGUAAACCUUCUUAAUAUAAUGCCUGGGAUAAGAAUAGAGUCAAAUCAUAUAAUUCCAGCUGCCCAUGAGUUGGAUUACAAAGAAAGUAGUUCAGAGUCUCCAGACAGCAAACUACUAAUGGACGUGUCAAGGAAGAAGGUUGAUGAUGGUGUUGUUGUUGACUACUCUCAAUGGGCAGAUGAGCUUGGACCAAUUUCAACAAAGAAGAAUAAGAAGAAGAAUGAGAUGGAGUAUGAACCAUUGCCUGAUGAUGAUUUUUCAGACUUGGAUGAAGAGAAGAAAACGAAAGCAGAAAAAUGCAGUGGUGGAAAAGACAGAGUGAACAAGGCGGAGGAAGAGAGCUCUUUGUUGCAGAUCCUUGAUUCUUGGUAUGGCAGGAAGGAGGAAAAUUCUGAUGGUGAUGGUGGGGUGAUAGAGUGCUCCUCCGCCUCAAAGCUGCCGCCACCGCCACAGACCUCUGCUCCUCUUCCUCAUCCUUCUAACACUGACACUGUUACUGUAUCGAAGAACUCCUCCGGCGGGAAGAGGGGCUGCAAAAUGGGGUUGAAGUCAUAUUCAUUCGUCUCAGAUCAUCAACCCGGAGAUUGCAAGGAUGAGUUGAUUGAUGGAAUAUUGAGUAGCUUAAACAAGUCGGGGGAUAAAUCAGUCGCUGCCCCAAAAACAUAAUAAAGCCUGAAGAAGAAGAUGAUGAAAGCGAGAGCAAAACCAACCCAGCCUCCCUCACCACCAAAAACAUCAUUUUCCCCCUUUUCUUCCUGUUUUUUUAAGGGCUAUUGGAUUAGUUUCAUUUGUUUUUUCAGGCACAAGAAAAACAUUUCUUCGCU